AUGGCGUUCCAGUUUCCCGUAGCGAGCGGAAAGAAGAAGAAAGUGGAGGUGUUCGAGUGCCCUACUGAGACGUGGAAAGAGCGCAAGCCUCGCGUCUCCAAGAAUAAAGGCAGGGACGAUGAGCCGGAAAUGACGCUGCGCCAGGAAAUACGCAAAGAAUUCGACGACACAUUUGACUCGGUACUGGAGUUUGCUACGUCGAAUUUGAAGGGCAAAGAGAAGAAGAUACACGAGGCCAAGAAGAUUGAGGCACUUGGUGGCAAGGCUGCCAAGAACCGCAGUGUGCCGUACAAGAUUUUGAUUGGGCUGAAGACCAAGGGUGCGGCCAGGAAGCAGCGUCGCGAGGAACUGCUGAAGGAAUCGGAUGUAGUGACGGGCAAGCGGAAAUCGAGCAGCAAGUCGAGAGACCAACAUAAGCGCAAGAAGGUUGACUACGGUGUGCAGGCCACCAAGGGACGGUUUAAGGGUGGCGUGCUGGAUGUGCGGGGUCUGUAA